AUGGUCACUAUCCGAAAUUACCAUGAGGAUGUUUUGUGUACAGGCGCCGCCGGCCCACCCGGCACAUUGAAUAAGGAUGGCUCGCAUGUCAGUAUUUCCACAUUAGAACUUCGGCAACUCACCAAAGCUAGAGACGAUGCUCUGAUAGAAGACAGUAUGCGCACUGUCCGAGAUCAAGAGCGACGGGCUAUUGCGCGAGAGAACGGAAUUAAUGUGCCGGUGCAUAGUGAACCGUACUAUAGCGACCUGAAGGGGGAGACGGCUGCAGAGCGACUAACAACGAGACAGGCAUUGAUUUUAGAGAGGGGUUUGAAGGUGGAGAGGGUGUGGAUGCGGAGGCUUGCUGGUUGGAGGGAAGAGGCUGAGGGUGAUGCGAAAAAGCCGUUCCCGCUCAACGUACCGGACUACGAAGAUCUGCAAGAUUGGGAGUUAGACAGAUUGAAGGAAGAUAUCAAGUCGCUGGACAAGAUUUUGGCGAGCCGGAAUGAUACGGCUGGCGUUAUUCGUGCUACGUCGAGCCGUGAAAACAGCAAUAGCAAGCUCUCCGGAGACCCAAAACGAUUGGCAGUCAGGAACGAGGAGUUGAAAGCCGUACAGCGACGAGAAGUAGAACGACAAUACCUCGCUCUCGUGGCGGAGGCGCAGCAGCAAGCGCAUGCCGAGAACACGCAGUUUCCUGAAGGCUUGCGAGGCUGGGGUCAAGUUGGCCCAGAUGAACAAGAUCUCAUUCGAUGGGCAAUCUACGCCAAUCAGGUCAAUGAUAUGUCAGAGCAGGCAAGAAGGAAGAUCCCGACUGAUAGGCCUACUGUGUCUGCCUUCUCCCCGCAGGACAGUAUGGCCAACCCUAACGGUGCAUCUGCCACUGAUGAUGUUUUGAACGGGAAGAAUUGCCGCCCCUCUUCCGAAACUAACGGUCGACCAUGGCCUGUCACCGAAUCGCAGCGAACUGAUAGAUCAACAGAGCAGCAGAUAGAAGACGAACACUACGCCCGUUUGAAACAGAAGUUUGAAGAUUCGAAGUGGGCAGAAAUGGUCUUUAACGUCGAAGUAACGAGGUACGGUAUUUUGUAUACUGGAAGGAGAUGGCCAGAUGACGUGGCGAAUUGGGAAACUAUUACCCCUGCAGCUAAAGCAUUGGUCUUGGAAGUGACAGAAUAUCUCACAUCGAAAGAGGAGUUCGAGGAGCCAGGCGCAGAAAGUAAGUAG